AUGAAUGCCGAGAAAGCAGCACCGUUAUUUUGUGCAGGGAUCACAGCUUACAACGCCAUCCUCACCGCGGAGCUUGAGGAAGGAAACUGGUAUGCAAAGGCGCUCAAAUUCAAUGUUGUUGCACUGGAUAUCGAGGACAAUGUCCUUGAGCAAGCAAGACAGGGCGGAGCGGAUUACUUCUUUAAUAUCAAAUCCAAUCCAGACUUCCUAGGUCAAAUACACCAAAUAACUUCUGGUGGAUUAGACGCAGUGGCGGUGUUCACAGCGGUCAAGGCAGGCUUUGAUAUUGCACCAGCGAUGUUGCGAACAGGAGCAAAACUCAUUGUCGUGAGAUGUCCACCAGCGAAAAUCUCAUUCAAUGCAACCGAGAUUGCACUCAAGAGAUACAGCAUUCUGGGUGCCAAUAAUAGCGCAACAAAGGACCGACUCGUUGAGUGCGCCGAAGUUACACAACAUCACAAUAUCGAACCUCCCAUCCGAUCUUUCAAAAUCGAUCAGAUAGAUGAGAUGGUUGGCAUCAUGCAGGCUGGGAAGCUUGGCGGCAAUCGACUUGUGGUUGUGUACUAG